AUGACCUACCCCCCAUCCCCGGCCCUCCACACAUCUGAAAGCAGAGCCCAGAGUCCUUUGGGGACCACAUCUAGCCACAGGAGAGAGACGGGCAGCGGGGGCUCAGCGCAGCUCGGGGCCAGGACGAGGAGCGAUGGCCCAGCAGUCCCACCGCCAACAGGCAGCCAGCACGUGCCCCUGGCGCCUGCAGAGCAGUGCUUCUUCCAGCUGGAACAAGAGAACCAGAACCUGAAAAAACAGAACCAAGACCUGCGGGAGCAGUUAGGGUCUCUCCUGAGGCCAGGCCCGCACUACCUGCCCCUCUGUCCCAGGCACUCCAGCUUCACUGCCUUGGCCUGGUCUCCGGAGCACAUCAGCCGGCGGCCCCCAGAGGAGCACCGAGGCCCGGUGCAACUGCUGCGGCGCGAGGAGGCAUUCGUGCAGCAGUCACAGAAGGAGCUGCAGCAGAUCCGGCUGUCCUUUGAGAGGAAGAAGAUGGCCAUUACUGAGGUAUGGGACGGAGUGGCCGAGGUACACACGGCCCUGAACAACCAGGCCACCGGGCUGAUGAAUCUCAAGAAAGACAUACGGGGCGUGCUGGACCAGAUGGAAGACAUUCAACUGGAGAUUCUGGGGGAGCGCGCGCAGAGUCGCACCCAGGCCCGGAAGGAGCGGCAGCUGGCCUGCCUGAGGCCGAAGCUGGGAUGUCCCGAGACCUUCAAGAGCCAGCUCUGGCUGCUGGCCCUGAAGCUGCUGCUGGGCACCCUGCUGGCCUGCACCGCCGCCUACGUGUACGUGGUGGACCCUGCGCCCUUCGAGGGGCUGGUGCCGCCCCUGCUGAGCCGCGCCGCCGUCUGGAGGCUGCGGGCGCUGCUGAGCCCGUUCCUACGCCUCGAGGUGGACGAUUUCCUGCCCUUCUAGACCCGAAGGCCCCGCGGACCCAAUGAGGAGAAGCCCUGGCAGCCGGCACUUACCCCGGGUGCCCAGCGGCCUUGCCGGCCCCCGCUCGUGGGCCCCUGGCACUGGCGCUCACGGUCCCAGCCA